GCGGCGGUGCGCUGAGUCUGAGCCACAGAGCCUGGCGGCUAUCGCCGCCUUCGUGCGGGUCCUGCUGGCGGCGCCGCGGGUCAGGCAGAGGCUACGGGGCCUUGUGUGCCCCUUUCUUUGGAGUGUGCCCGCAGCCACAGGCCUUCAUCGAGCCCCGACCAGCUCCGACGGUGCGGGAAGUAGUCCUAGUUCAAGCCCCGUGGACGUUGUCCGGUGCGGUCUCGGGCCCCAGCCAGCCCAGGGGUUAGGUAGGGGCAGCGCAGGGGUCUCUGGGCCGGACCAGGAAAGGAGCCGUCGAGGCUGACGUGCUCACUGCUCUCCCAACCCAAGAUCCGAGGCGGCAUCAGGUCUCGUGCAGCUGGGUGGUCUCAGCUGAGCAGGUUCCACAGACCUGUUCAUCCUCCACACCCGCUGCACCAGGCUGGCGUUUAAUCCAGUAGUAAAUGAGGGGAGAAGGUCCAGAGAGGUGUGGAGAGGAUGCCCAAACUGCAGGGUUUUGAGUUUUGGAGCCGCACCCUGGGGGGUGCCCGACAUGUGGUGGCACCCAUGGUGGACCAGAGUGAGCUAGCUUGGAGACUUCUGAGCCGCCGCCAUGGAGCCCAGCUAUGCUACACCCCUAUGCUACAUGCCCAGGUCUUCGUUAGAGAUGCUAACUACCGCAAAGAGAACUUGUACUGUGAUGUGUGCCCCGAGGACAGGCCUCUCAUUGUGCAGUUCUGUGCCAAUGACCCAGAGGUGUUUGUCCAGGCGGCUCUCCUAGCACAAGAUUACUGUGACGCCAUUGACCUGAACUUGGGCUGCCCACAGAUGAUAGCCAAGAGAGGUCACUAUGGUGCUUUUCUGCAGGAGGAGUGGGACCUUCUUCAAAGAAUGAUUCUGUUGGCUCAUGAGCGACUCUCUGUUCCUGUCACGUGCAAAAUUCGUGUCUUCCCAGAAAUUGACAAGACAGUGAGGUACGCCCAGAUGCUGGAGAAGGCUGGCUGUCAGCUGCUGACUGUGCAUGGGCGCACCAAGGAGCAGAAGGGGCCCAUGGCAGGAACAGCCUCCUGGGAACACAUCAAGGCUGUUCGGAAGGCUGUGGGAAUCCCUGUGUUUGCCAAUGGGAACAUCCGAUGCCUGCAGGAUGUGGAGCGGUGCAUCCAGGACACCGGCGUGCAGGGAGUCAUGAGUGCAGAGGGGAACCUGCACAACCCUGCCCUCUUUGAGGGCCGGAGUCCUGCUGUGUGGGAGCUGGCCGAGGAGUACCUGGACAUUGUGCGGCAGCACCCUUGUCCACUGUCGUAUGUCCGGGCCCACCUCUUCAAACUGUGGCACCACACGCUACAGGUACAUCAGCAACUUCGAGAAGAGCUGGCCAAAGUGAAGACCCUGGAGGGCGUGGCUGCUGUGAGCCAGGCGCUAAAGCUUCGGUGUCAGGAGGACAUGUCCAGGCAGCAAGAAGGAGUGAGGCCAGCUGACAACUUACCUGCUUUCCAUUGGAUCUGCCAGCCGUACAUCCGGCCAGGACCUAGGGAAGGGAGCAAGGAGAAUAGUGGUGGUCGAAGCAAGCGGGCUCUGGAGGAAGAAGAAGGCAGCAUGGAGGGCUUGUCCAAGAAUAAGCUGAAGAAACAACUGAGGAACCCUCACAAAACCUUUGACCCUUCCCUGAAACCCAAAUAUGCCAAGUGUGACCAGUGUGGAAAUCCAAAGGGCAAUAGGUGUGUGUUUAAUCUGUGUCGUGGCUGCUGCAAGAAGCGAGCUUUCAGAGAGACAGCAGAUUGCCCAGGUCAUGGAUUGCUUUUUAAGACCAAAUUAGAGAAGUCUUUGGCCUGGAAAGGGACCCAGCCUGGACUGCAGGAAGCCCAGCAGGUGAGGCCUGUGACACCAAGUGGUUUCUCUGAAGUCGUGGGUAGUGCCCUAGCCUGAAAGAGCCAUCCCCACCCCAGGACAGCCACUGAAGCCUGGACACUUAAGGAAAUGCCUUUACUCAGGGAAUCUCCUCUUUGACACAGAAGAACCUGUUGAUGUCUGCAGGUGGGGUCUGGCAAUGUUGCACCAAGGGCAGCUUGGUUGGACUUGCCCCAUUCCCACACUUGUGUUUCCAGCACUGAACAAUAAACCAUUUCAGAGAAGCA